AUGCCACCCGACGGAAGGGAUGCACUGGCGGACUUUGCGUCUGCUUGCGAGGGCAAGGGCAGAGCGUGGCGCGCCGAAGGCGACGCCGCCGUGCGACUCGAGUGGCGGGAAGCCAAGACCAUGAACGCAGACGUGACGGCGACCAUGGCGCGGAUGAGUCUCACGCUCCACGACACGAUCGGCUUCACCGACGCGUGCGCCACCGACGGCAGCUUUGCCCCGCGCGGGGAGGCCGGGGAAGGCCUCGCCGCAUGGGGAGUGUGGCACGGGGUCGGCGACGACGGCACACCAACAGCAUACGGAGGGGCGCUACCGCCAGGAAGCAGCAUCGCCGACGCCGAGCUCACCGCGAUCGACGCCUGCAUGCUCAGGGCAGAGGCCAGCCCACGGGGCACAGAGGCCCCCAGGCUGCUCAUCCUCAGCGACUGCAACCCCGUCAUCGAAGCAGUCCAGACGGCGGAACAGACAGGGAGCGCCUGGCACCUGUACAAACAUCACCGUCCAGCCCUGCUCGAACGAAUCAGCCUCAGGGCGGCAAGGUGGCGACGGGCGGGCGGAGACCUCGUCAUCCAAUGGGUGUGCGCCCACUGCGGCGUCUUCCCGAACCACUACGCCGAUGUCGUCGCCAAGGCCUACCUCGGGCGCAAAGUGGAAGACCCAUACGACGGCAAACUGGCUCGGGAGGCGUCCCUGAUCGCAUACGGGCAACAGAGGAGAGACGGAACGGUCAGCUGGGCAGGCGGACAGCGCAAGCUACGCGGGCUCGUGCAACAAGGGCUCGAACGGUUCACCAUCCGCGAAGCCAUCACGAGCGCGGGGCACGACGUCGGCAACCUCAUCGUCCACAUGCCGGAGGAGCUACCGCACGCGUGGCCGUGGGAACACGGGGGCGCGUGGACAGAGCUGCUCGAGUCUACCGGAAGGGCCAGCGACGGCGGCGGCUCCAAGCUGCAAGCCACCAGCCUAGGCGCAAUCAUGCGAGUCAGGAGCGGACAGCUCGGGCUCGGCGAACUCGACUACAAGGACGACGCCGGCAGGGCGGCCAUGGAGGCGCUCGCAGAGGUCUGGAGGGCACCCAGGGGACGCCAGCUGGCUGGAGAGCUCGUCCACAGCCUAGAGAUGCUGUACGACAUCAUCGAGCGACCCGAGGGCGGCGGCAGCAGCGCCUACAAGGGAGCAGUCAAACAGGCGCUCGACGUCGCCGCGGCGCUCACCACGGCGGGCAAUAACCUACCCAGCGUCGAACAGUGGCGGCGGUUCAGGGCGGCGGCGUCGGGAGCCCUCCCCGCCCCGACACAACGCGAACGAGCGGCCACGAGGGCGAGAAUGGCGGCAACGGGCUAUGUACCACCCCCCACGCGAGGGGGGCGCGACGGCGAGCGCCUCACCGCGAUGCAGGUGGCGGUGCGAGAGGCGACCAACGCAGCCAGGAAGGCCGCAAAGACGAUUACGUGGACGGCCAUCGAAUGGCGCAAGACGAACGCGCCCGAGACCGCCAGCCCGAAGCGCGACACGAGCGGGGGUGCACACAGCGGCGGACAGGGGGACGCCGAGCCUUCGAUAAGGGUGGUCGUCGCUGGAAGCCGACGAGCGGAGACGCGCGACACGGGAGCGGACACAGUCCCGCGCCCCUUGCCAGUCAACAUCAUGAGAGGCACCGGGCUCGGCAACCCAUUCCCCAUGGGGAAGAGAGGCACCGACGAGGCGCUGCGCGACCAGGUAUGCGAGGCAUUCGACACGUGGCUCCGGCUGCGCACCGUUCCCGCCUCAGCCGUGCGGGACACCAGAUCCACGCCAGCGCUCAUCCGACAGGCCAACGGGCAGCCCUUCUCACAGGAGAUCGCCCCUCGACGCUCCGACGAAGCUAGGACGGGGAACGACGCCGUCGCGGCGAUGCGGGCCGCGCUGAACGGCCGCGGCAACGCCAAGGUGGUGCGGCUCGGAUGCUCGCCCUCGUGUCGAGAGGGGAGGCUGUGCCACGGGGACAGCCUCGCAGCCAUGGCGCGAGAGCUCAUCAGCGUACGAGACGAGCGGCGUAGAGAGGGGCAGCAACGCGGAGACGCCCCAAAGCCACGCAAGCCGAGGGCAGACAAAGGGGUGCCGAGAGGCCCGCGAGCCCUCAAAGGCACACAGGCAUACCAGAUCGGGCACCUCAGUCUACUACGGUUUCGGCACGGGCGCGAGAGGCAAGUGUCACAACGGACCCUCGACGCGGUGCGCGAGGCGCAGGGAGCCGGGGUCGAGCCGUGGAACACGGCCGAGCACGACAAGGCCGUCCACAAUCCGGCGCCCGAAGGCGGGACGAGGGACUCGAUGGAGAGCGAGCCGCAAGAGAGCGAGACGUACGACGACGAGGGAGCCAACGAGAGAGAUAGGAGCGCCUCGGCGGACGACGAGAUGGCCUUUAUCGACGAUGCGUUCUUCGAGCUUCCCGACGUGGCAACGGAGGAAGAGGCGGAGGGCCGGGGGAGCCAGAGUCAGCACAGCCAGCAGAGCCAGGGGGGCGAGAGCGAGGGGAGCCAGAGCAGCCAGGGCAGCCAACGGGCGCGCGCGAGGAGAGAACGGCGGAACCAGCUCGCGGCGCAGCGGUUCAUGGAUCGAAUACGAUUCGAACUUCGGCUCGGGCACAGGGGAACCGAAUCUAGUCAAGCCCGCGCCGGCCAAGACAACGACGACAGCGACGAUGGCGCAAGGAGCGACGACGAGGAGACACCCGACCGAGCAGCAGAGCCAGGACCGAGCGAGCAACCACCCGAAACGGGCCAGCCGAACGAUGGCAGCCAGACAGACGACGAAUUUACAGUGAUGGACGUAGACGAAGAACAGCCAGAGUACGAGGCAUCCCAGCCGCCGAGGAAGCGGGGGCGAUUUGAAAACGAACGUAGCGGUUCGAUGAGUCAGGGGGAGGGGGCGAGCAGGCAACAGGAAGAGGAUGGAGAGCCGCUGACGAAAGCCCAGAGACAGCGCCAGCGCAACCGAGUGCGGGGAUCACCCCGAAAGCCAACCAACAAAUUCUCUGGCCUCAGCUGA